UCCGGGGUUCCAUGCUCCCCAUUGACAGCAGCGGCAGGAAGCUGGCGGGUCCACCCGGGGCGCUAAGGCCUCCUGUUCUCGGAGGGGAGAACAUUGGACUAUUCCCCACGUAACUCCCAUCUCUGAUCCUGAGUCUGUACAUGGCGAAGUCCCCGGAGAACUCUACCCUGGAGGAGAUUCUGGGGCAUUAUCGACGGAGUCUCCGGGAACGUGCAAAUAGAAGCAUUCUCCACCUGAAAUGUGCCCUGAAAGAAGGUGAGGUCACUGUUGGGGAAGAUGCUCAGGAUCCUUCUUUUAGCCCCGAUGAAGGAAAUGAAGACACUGGCACUGCCUGGCACGAACUACAGCACAGCCAUGUGGUGAAUCAACUCAAAGCUUUGUUGCACCAACAAGCAACUAAGGAAAGUGAGGUAUCUCCAUCAAGAAGAGGAAAAAUGUCCCCUUUGGAUUCAUCCGAACACGAAGAAACCAACGUGCCUACUGUGCAUAACCUCGUCCCUAUCAUCAAUGACCAGUCUCAAUACAUUCAUCACUUGGAGGCAGAAGUCAAGUUCUGCAAGGAGGAACUCUCUGGAAUGAAAAACAGGGUACAAGUAGUUGUGCUUGACAAUGAACGGCUCCAACAAGAGUUGAAAUCUCAAAGACAAGAGGAAGCGAUGAGGGAACAAACACUUCUGGAUGCAUCUGGAAACCUACAGAAUUCUUGGAUUACAACAGGUGAAGAUUCCAGGGUGGAGGAAGCUGCCAAGAAAUCAUUUUCCCACGGCAAUGCAGAUGUUCCCAAAGCUGCACCUGGUGGGGAGGCCGAGAAAUGGAAGCUAGAUUUGGAGAGGCUGAAACUUAUUUAUGAGGAAAAGAGUGAAAUCCUGGAAUCUCAAUUAAAGCUUUUGAGGAAAGACUUAGCUGAAUCUCAGAAAAAUUGUGAAGAUCUUAAAGAGCGACUAAAGCACAAAGAGUCUCUUCUUGCUGCUAAUAUCUCUAACCGUGUUGGUGGUCUUUGUUUGAAAUGCGCUCAGCAUGAAGCUGUCCUUUCCCAAACCCAUAGUAAUGUUCACAUGCAGACCAUUGAGAGACUGACAAAAGAAAGGGAUGACUUAAUGUCUGCACUAGUUUCCGUGAGGAGCAGUUUAGCAGACAUGCAGCAAAGAGAAGCGAGUGCUUAUGAGCAGGUGAAGCAAGCUGUGCACAUGACCGAGGAAGCCAGUUUUGAAAAAACGAAGGCUUUAAUCCAGUGUGAACAGUUGAAGAGUGAACUAGAGAGGCAAGCAGACCGACUUCAAAAAGAACUAUCAUCUCAGCAAGAGAAAAGGGCCUUUGAGAAAGAAAUGAUGAAAAAAGAAACGGCAAAAGAACGGGAGGACAUGAGAUCCAAGAUGUUGACCCUGUCUCAGAAUAUUGCCCAACUGGAGGCCGAGGUGGAAAAGGUUACGAGAGAGAAGGUUUCAGCAAUUAAUCAACUAGAGGAAAUUCAAAGCCAGCUUACUUCUCGAGAAAUGGAUGUCACGAAGGUGUGUGGAGAAAUGCGCUAUCAAUUGAAUAAAACCAAAAUGGAUAAGGAUGAGGCUGAAAAGGAACACAGAGAGUACAGAGCGAAAACUAAAAGGGAUCUUGAAAUUAAAGAUCAGGAAAUAGAGAAAUUGACAUUAGAACUGAGUGAAAGCAAGCAGUACUUGGAACAGGAGCAGCAGAAGGCAGCCCAGGCCAGAGAGGAGUGCCUGAAACUGACAGAAAUGCUGGGCGAAUCUGAGCACCAAAUGCACCUCACCAGACUGGAAAAAGAGAGCAUCCAGCAGAGCCUUAGCAGUGAAGCAAAGGCCCAAGCCCUUCAGGCCCAGCAAAGAGAGCAGGAGCUGACACAGAAGAUACAGCAAAUGGAGGCCCAGCAUGACAAAACUGAAAAUGAACAGUAUUCAUUGCUGACCUCCCAGAAUACAUUUUUGACAAAGUUAAAGGAAGAAUGCUGUACAUUAGCCAAGAAACUGGAACAAGUCUCUCAAAAAAGCAGAUCUGAAAUAGCUCAGCUCAGUCAAGAGAAAAGGUAUACAUACGACAAACUGAAGAAAUUACAGCAAAGGAACGAUGAAUUGGAGGAGCAGUGUGUCCAACAUGGCAGGCUACAUGAGAUAAUGAAGCAAAGGUUGAAACAGCUGGACAAGCACAGCCAGGCCACAGCCCAGCAACUGGUGCAGCUGCUCAACAAGCAGAACCAGCUCCUGCUGGAGAGGCAGAGCCUGUCGGAAGAGGUGGGACAUCUGCGAUCCCAGAUAGUAAGUGAACGCCCCGCCGCUCCAUGCCGGUCCCUGGACUAACGCCUGGCGACGGGGACACACCUGUCCUGUCCCCAGUGCCUCCGCAGCUGCUCACAGGGAAGGGAUGGUGCACGCUGCCCUCAGUCCGAGCCCUGUACCCUACACCACAGCCAUCUGGACGCUUGUAAGCGGAUAAAAGGAACGUGGAUUCCGGGGCCUCUCCUCACACACACUGAGGCAGCCUCUCUGGGAUCCAGGCCCAGGAGUCCACAUUCUAACACCCUGGGUCAUGGUCGUAAGGCCUGAGCAAGUCACCGAAGUCUCUUUUACGCUCAGUUUCCACCUCUGCGCAGUGGGUGUCAUGCCAGCCCAACUCAGGGGCUAUUGGAGGUGUGAAACGAGGACAGCUGUGAGCUGCUCGGCAGGAUCUCUUGCUGAAGAAACGUCAGGGUUUUCUUUUCCUCUCUCCUCCUAAAACUUGAGAAGGCGCCGGGAGGAGCCCCGGGAAGGCAGAAGCCAGCUCCGAGGUGGCAAUGCCCUCUCCUCUCUCCCCUGCUUCUCAGACACGCUCAGGCGCCCCUCCCUCACCUGGGCCGGAACCUGACUGGGCAGGUCCCGUGGGAGGCGUGUGUGGUGCCAACCAAAGGUCAGGGCCACUGGGUGGAUGACUGGGCUCCUGCCACGUAUGGUGGAGGGACAUGACGUGAGUAAGUCUUCCGGCCUCUAAAAGCCAGGAACUACUGAAGAGCGGGUUGUGGGGUGUCUUCUCCACACGCUCCAAGCACACGGCAGUUCCCGCUCAGUCCCGGAUCAGAUCAUUCUCACUGGGGUUUGCCUUUUAACUCCCCGUCUGCCUACUUUACGGGCUCAGAUCUUACCCUGGACCGCUGGUGCUUAGAAGCCUCUUCCAGGGCGGAAAAAAAAUCUGGUAAUUACCACAUGGAUUGCAAAAUUUUCGUGAAAUACAUUUAAAAUAAAAAAAAAAAAAACCCAAACCUCAGAAAAUCCUCGAAAAAACGAGCAGGCCUUUCUUCCUUUGCCUGAAGCGACAUAAAUGAUUUGACCAUCCUCUGCUCUCUGAUAGGGGCCAAUCUGGCUCAUCUCUAAAGGGGUCUUUCAGAUGCACAUGUUACAUUUGGAGUUAUUUUAAUACGAACAUGACAAAAGAAGUUUGGUAGAGGAACUGUUGGCUUUCAGUAGCAAAUACUAGUGUUCAAAGAGGAGGCAGGGACCCAGGUUUGCAAGCUGUCUGCUGACAGCUUAAACCAAAGGCCUACUCUUCCUACCCAGCCUGGCGUCAGACGUACUUCAGUCAUGGAAUAAACUUGAAUUGUGAGCUUAGCUUACAAUGAGCCCUUGAUGUGGGUAGGGCUGUUUAUCCCGCAGGUAUUUCAGAGGACACGGCCUCCUGAGCGUUCUAGAGUGAUCAGCCACACUCCUGGUUUCCCUGGUUCAUUCUGGUUUAGGGAUGCUUCACCUGCAGGCUUCCGUGUUCUCAGCCUGGAUGAAUUAAGCAGAGUCACUGAAUUUUGCAUGUCAAACUCUAAAAAGCUCUGUCUACCUCAUACCUAAAGGAGAAUGGAUAUUUUCUGGCCUGGGCACCUGCUUGGAAGCUGAGUCACAUCCCUUUCAUGGGCUCCUGUGAACCCAGCCUGUGCCCUGAAGCAGGUGACAGGGCUUGGGGCUGGCCUGUGGCCUCUGACAGGAAGCGUCGAGCCCAUUUAGAAGGCUUUAUUCUCCUAAAUUGUUUCUGCUUAAAUUCUGAACCAUGUACAACAUGUCUGGCAGAGGGAGCUGGUCAUCGUUGUAACUAUGCCACAGUGAUAUUUUUGGCCGUGAGAAUUCCCAUCUUGCCCUUAAAAGCUGCUGGGGUGAGAGCCACUCUGGUGAGAGCGGCCAACCCCGGGCCUGACCCAGUGGUUGUUGCUCAGGGCACUGACCGCUAAGCUCGUCUCCUGUUUUGACUUGUUCUUAGUUUAAGACUGACUAAAAAACAAUGGCUUUAUUAAUCUCCUGCCUCACGCGUGAGAUGCUGCACUAGUCCUUGUGGAGAGAGAGACGUGGAAGCACUAACCCAGCCUUACUCUGCACUCGACUCCCCUGCAUCUCUCUGCAGGGCCAGUGUCUUUGUGUGGGGGCUCCCUUGAGCAGCAGCUGGGAGGCACCCCAGCAGGGGGAGCGCAGGACUGGUGUCCAGGGUCCCAGGGGAGGUCAGGAGAGGCCUGGCAGCUGGGAGCCAGGUCAGGGGUCUGUGACCCAGCGCCUGGGGCUCCAACAUCUGGCCGGGAAGGGCGGUGCCAGCUGGUGAGGGAAUUAUUCUCUUCCUUGGGGAGAAUGGCAUCUGAGAGAUGAAAAAGAACGGAAAUUAUCUGUCCACUUAGAGGACUGGUUUAUACAUCAAUCUGAUUUUGUUUCUAUGUUUAUUUGGUGAUGAAUAUGGUUUCAGCUGAUUUGUGUUUUCUGAUAGCCACCGUUUCAACAGGCUGUUUGGUCCCGUCCUGUGUUUAGUCUGAGGAGGGUUCCUUUUUAGUCCCUUCAGAUGAUUCACUUCUACGGUUUAAAAAACAGCAUCUGAAACUGACUUACCAGUGAUUAAUCAGUUGGCCCUAUGACUUUUGAGCAUUUUUGGCAGUGAAUUUACUUUCUAAUUUGAUUUAAACUUGUGUGCGGAUCCAGCAGCCAUAUGUGAUUUUGUUAAAAAUCAUGGACAUUGUUUCCUUGCGCCAACGGACUCAUGGAAAAGAGCUGAAAACCACAAGAAACAAAGACCCGGAAGACGACGAAGGGAGGAAAGGCCCGCGUGUGACCCGGAGCGAAGGGAAGAGGGUAGCUUCAGAAACCGGGGCUCAAAGUGCCCUGUGGGGCUGGGAGCCAGCGGAGGGGGGCGCUCCUGCACACCAGGUCUGCAGUCGCCCAAGGUGGGACUUGGAGGUGGUCGCAGGGUUUUUGGGUCCUUCCCUGAACCCUGGGGACUUCACUUAGCUGACAUAGGAGGUUCUGCGAAGUUAGUUACCUGGAAGACAGAUGGUGAAAUAGAACAGGAAAUACAUUGAAUAAAAUAAAUUAAAAAGCGUCCUCCUGAACCAAGAUUUUUUGGAAAGAAUUCCAAAUAGAUGAAAACAAACAAUUUGAUUUCAACCAAAUUGUUGUUUUUUUGUUUUUAUCCUGAUUUUCACCCGAAUUGUCAGUCUCAAAAAUAAACACUGAUACAUUCCCAGAAAAUAUUUUUCAAAUAAAAACUGACUCUGUUAAAGUUUGCCCUGAUUCUUUCAAAACUGUGUACAAGACACUGUCAACCAAAGUGACUUGCAUAUUUUUUUAAAUAAACUUGAACAUAUGCAGCUAAAAUGUCAUUAACUCCCCGUUGCCUGAGUGUUUUUAAAGAAUGACAUAAGACCUCUAGCGCUGCAUUUCUAACAUAUGGGUCUUACGACCUCAGAGAAACUUCCCAAGCAACUGAAAGAGCAUGGUUUAACUUUUUGUUUUUUAACUGAAGGUCCUGUGCGUAUUAUUGAAAAGCAUACACGGCUUCAUUUAAGCCAAACUUGCUCUUCCGUUAACAGUUCACUUUGUCCAAGAGUGAAUAAUUUCAGAAGAAGACUCAUGGAAGAAAAAUAAACUGGAAUUUUAUAUCGCUUCAGAUACAUUUGCUGCACUUAUUGCUUCCCGAGUCAGACAUUGCAUUUUGCAAUAUAAAUUCACAAUCAAGAUUUUAAAGGGAGCUAAAUAUUUUAAUCCAAUUAGACAAGUGAACAAAACACUGAAUAUUACAUGUAGUGUAGAUAAGUGGUUCUUGCCUUUAAAAGACUGUAAUUCCGUUACAUUACAACCCCAAAUGUCAAUGUUGUCUUUAUUUUUAACGCUUUCAAACAUGAGGCAGCCAGAGGCUCGCUCCACUCUCUGCUGUUGGUGACACUGUCUGUCCUUUGGGAAUUCUUAAAAUCUAUUUACUAUGGAAACAUGGUUCAUGUAAAACACAGACACCUGCCCAUGUGCAGAGGAGCUCCGAUGACUUCUGGGAUUCAAGAAAGCUGGAAGAUUACACACUCGGGCUCCCGCGAGUUGCAGAGGGAACUCUGCUUGAGUGAGCUCUGGGGAGGGGAGGUGGAGCAGAUGCCAGCCCUGGGUGUGGGUGUCCUCUCAGUCUGACCCCUCCCGUCUGGGCACUGGGUUCCCUGCCUCUGCUCACAGCACAGCCCCAGGUCCAGUCCCAAGUCGCAAGUCCCAAGAUGCUGUUUCCCUGCCUCUACCUUUUCACUGUUCUGGCUUCUACACUGCUUGUCCUUGUUUGGAGCCCAGAGGCAGCAAAUCCGGGCCAGGAGUCUGGGGAAAACGGGGCUUUGAACUCUAGCUGCCGCAGGGUCUUCAUCAUCCGCGGCCCAGCCAGCAGCUGGGAGGGAAGAGUGAACAGCUGGGGCCUGUGCCCUUGCCGUGAACUCCUGCCCGCUCUGCAGCUGGCAACAGCCAGAUUCCAAGAAAGGCUGUGCCCAGAGCAGGUGAGGGGCUCAGCCAGAGUUUCCGUCUCUCGGGGGUCACAGGAUCCGACUGGCUCAGAGGCAUGGACACCAAGCCUUGCCGUGGGUGGGGAAGGACUGCCUUCUCACAGGUGUGGACCCUGCUGGGCGGGGAAGGACUGGCUCACAGGUGUGGUCCCCGCACCCUGCCGUGGGCGGGGAAGGACUGCCUUCUCACAGGUCAGCAGUGACAUCUGAAGGCCACACUUCCACGAGUUCUCUAGAGGGCUGGUGUGGGCACCUGCCUCCUGAAUAUGUCGGUGACCACCCGUCAUUCCCUUGGCUUGUUGGUUCCAGGUUGCCUGCCCAGUCUGACUCCUGCUUUACCCCACAAAUGCAAACUUGCCUGCUCACGUGCUCUUUCACGAAGCUGGUCAGGAUGGCGUUAACGAGCCUGGACGUUUGAGGUCCAAUUGCUUAGGUUCAAAUCCCUGGUUUCUGAUUUUUAAAAAAUUAAUAAUAGAGCCAGCUUCCCUUUAAGAGGGAGCUCCCCGCAUUACCCGUGACCUGAAGCCAGCAGCGUUCCCCACUGAGAUCACUGUAGGCGUGAAAGGGCCACUUGGAUAAUCGUUUAACAAUAUCCUUUUUGUACCGAUAGGAAAACAAGGCCCAGAAAGGUGAGAUGAAGAGAACUGAGAAGUGAGUGGGUGGGGAAAGAUACUUCUAGAGAGACUGGUAUUCACUCCCUGGGCCAAGGCUGCAUGGAGGGCGCAGCUGCACAUACUGAUGGGAAGGAGGCUUCUCUGUCCCCUCGCGGGGCUGGGCGGGGGGAGCCACAGCGAGGGAGGUGCGGGGCCUCCCCGGAGCUCUGUCAGCCCAGGGCAAGCUCUGAAAUGCCCCAGAUGGAGGUGGGCGGAGGGAUCCUGCCCUCUCUGGUUAAAAAUAGAUGCUUUCUUGCCAGAGGCCCACAGACAAGGCCCAUUUUUGAGCUGGCCACACAGAAACAAACUGCACAUGAGUGAGGGGGAGAGCAGGAAGGCGGGGUAUUUCAUUUGCAGGGGCUGCUGUGAGGCUGGAGUGGGACCUGUUCUGGCUGAGGCCGGGAGCUCCUCCUGUGAGCAGCCCAGGGGCUGCCAUGAUGCCCCGGGCACGGGCUUGGGGACAAAGCAGCAGAAAAGACUCAGCUGGACUUCACAGCUUGGUGGUCACUUGGGUAGCCGUUGAGGUCAUUGAAAGGGAGCUCUUCUUGAAACUCUGAAUUUAAAGUCAAACUUCAGAAAUAAAUCAGACGUCAGGGUUUGUGGAGAGAAGGCUCUGUUAGGAUUUAAAAUGAGAACGAAGAAAGAGGGUAGGCAAGAGCAGGCCUUGCUGAUGGGGGCUUUUAUGUCAUCUGUAGACAGUGUUUCAGAGCAGCUGCCAGGGUGCCCUGUGGGCCCUCCUCUCUCACCUGGAGGGCAGCUGCAGAUAACUGCAGAUGUGACCACACACCACAGGGCCACAGCCAGGGGCCUUGGUGGCAAAUUGAAAGGCAGAAGGAAAGGAAGAUGGUAGGUCAGGGUUCAAGCCACAGUUCAAACGGCUGAUGUCCCACUGGCACAUGCAUUCUAGUCUUUCCUGCAUAGCCACACUGUGACCCCGCGGUGUGGACGAAGGAACCAACUUCCUGGAAAUAAGCGAGGCCAGGAUCCCCGAGAAGUGAUGGCAGAAAAGGCAGAGUUGGGCAGUAACUAAAGCUUCUCUGUCUCUGACAUACGAUAGGACAGAGAGAGCACUGAGCAAUGUUCUUUUCUGAAGAUUCAGCAGGCCGAGGGUAACAAUACUGUGUGAAGCAGACAAAACAGUGACGUAAUAGGGUCAUGCAUUCAUUCAUUCAUUCAUUCACAGUUACUGAAUGUCACCAGGGGUCGGGCACUUGUAGGCACUGGGGACUGAGCAGUGAGUAUAUAAUAUAAAAGUGGGGAUGAAUAGAGGGCUUUGCACCCAAACCAAAUAAAAUAUAAAACUGUGGAGGGGAAAUGAUAGCUGAUUUGCUACAGGAGAGAAAUUCGGGGGACUCCCGCCUGUCCGUUUGUGUCAGUCCUGACACACGGGAGCUGGGGGUCACUGGCUUCAGCAAGUGGUCUGCGUGCCAGCAGGGAGAUCAGCUGAUGCUGGCCCUGGAUGGCCCUGGAACCCACACCGAGAGCCGUCACGGGAAAUGCUGCUGUUCCCCAGUUCCAUUCCCUUCAGGUCCUUCCCACUGUUCUGUGCUGUGCACGUUACGGGUGCGCUACAUUUUUCAUUUGAAAUGUGCCCGGUGCGGUGUAUGCUUAUCCUCCCAAAGACAUCCUUGAGUGUCUAAAGUCAGAAAGCAAGCCACUCUGUCUAGAGGACCCAGGUCACCAGGCAGCCCGCCCGCAGGAGCCGGGAGCUGGAGGGUGGUGGAAGCCAGUCGUUCGGUGAAACUGCACUGGGUCAGUUCCAUGGAGACUGAAAGGAAGAGCUGCUCUAGAUGGAGACCCGGCGUCUGAGGGUGGAAUCGAGCUGGCGGCAGCCUCUGGGCCGAGUAGCACACUGAAGACAGAAGGGAAACCCUUUCUGUCAAGGCAGGGCCCUGGGGCGCGGUGGGCUCCCUGCGGCCCAGUCAGGAGAGGCCUGGAGAACACAAGCCCCUGUGGGCUCGAAGGAAGAGGGUGCACCCACGUCUGGUCCACCUCCAGCUCUCCCAGGACGGCACGCAUACACCACACGUUCCCCGCGACCCAGUGGUUCCUGCUGUAGACCCCACGUGUUCAGUGUGAGACGGCGCUGCACACAUAUUACGGUUGCUCUGUGUCAAAACCAUUCUACUCAGACUCAUGCAUUAAAUUGUCAUGGUCAGUGUCACACACACUGGGAAAUCUACUUGAAAUGUAACAUUACCACGUCUCAUUUUUAAAACGGCAACAGGCUGAUUUUCGUAUUUUUCAUGCAUGAAUUCUGAUCUCGGUUUCAUUCACUGCCCCGCCUUGGAACUCAACAAGAACUCAUGGCUUAAACUGGGCUGACAAGCGCCCUCCCUCUGAUCCUAGCUCAGGGGCCUGCAGGGCCCCCUUGUCUUUCAUGAAGACCAUGCCCCCCUAAACAGAGACCAGGCUGGGCCUGUGGCCCUAUGUCGCGUUCCAAUUUAACUGCUGCAGUGAAAACUGGGAUUUGUAAGAUACCGUCUUAGCCCUCUGUCUAGUCCCUUUCAUCUCAGGGACUUUACACUCUGGAGGACAAGGCCUGCGGUCCUACUCAUCCGUCCACAAAGUAAAGAGCAGGUAUUUCAGACACGUUUUGUGGAACGUUACGACUAUUGCCAGCAGUUUCUGACAUCCCUUCCCGAUGUGGUUUCCAUUCAUUUGAACAGCUCGCCAGCCAGUGCUUUUCUAACUUGUGAUUCCGCAACCCAACUGCCAUGAGCUAGUUCUGAAACACUUUUACCUGUUUAAAACUAAGAGACCCCGUGUACCAAAUCCUCAAUUGCAGAAAAUGUCUUUAUAUGUUACAGUAAGUUGUCUGCAACUGAAAAUUUGGAGGUUUCAGUGUGUAUCGUCUCACAACAAUUUCUUAGGGACACUCGGCCUAACUCCCACUGUUCUCACUGUUCUCGCUGCACUCGCUGUGAUGUCAGUGAUUUUCAGUCACUGGCACGAACCAAGUGUCUCCUUAACUGGACGGGGGAAGAGAUGGCUCUCUAGCCACAUCCUGUCACCAGACUGCUCUUUUUCGGAGACACACAGAUGUCUGGAAUACAAGUUGUUUUCAGACUUAAUGCAUUGAAACAACAUAGUUCAUCUUCUAUUCCCACAUGAUCUG